CAGGAGCCACAUUGAGUAACACUAACAGUAACCAUACUGAGUUUAUUUUGUGCAUUUUUCAUAAACAUUUUUCAUUAAAAGGUUUUUUUUUCAUAUUCUAUCAUCUUGUUGUUGCUUAUGGUUGUUACUUAUUAUAGAUCAGAUCGGUACUUGGUGUUGGACAACACUUUUACAGUUAUCAGUUACUACAAAAAUGCUCUCACUCUCUGUCUUUAGCACUUAGGUAAUUUAUAGGGGUCUGGACACAAACUGGUCCUCAACUGAUUCACUGAUGUAAGUUCUAUGCCAAACUGAAAACUUUUUGAUCAAUCACAGUAGCAAAGCAGAUUUAUGUCAUCUGAGAGUGCCUCAGAGUUAACGUCAAUCAUGUUGUAAUCAUGUUGCCAAUUCAAAAAGUACGAAAAACGGAUUCAUGGGGACUGGACACCCUUUUUAACAUUCGAGACCCCACAUUUUCCCACCCAUAUCGGCCAAUACCAAUACACAUUUGUGUAAGAAUGUUAGUACAAAUACAGUUGCAAAACAUGUUGAGCUUUUCAGACAUCCCUAAUAUAAGAUUACUAAGUGUUUUUUAAACAUGGACUAAGUUAUUUUUUUCUUUAGGUAAUUUGAAAGAAACAAGGCCAAUCCAAAUUUUGCCAAAUGUCUGCAGUGACACUUUUAUAACUUAUUAGCGAUGUACCCUGAAUCUUUCUUUCUUGAUUUUGUUUUUUUUUAGAGACGGAGAUAGUUACAUUGGAUCUGCAAGUUAUUCCAACCUCUUCACCACUGAGUAGUGCUUUGUCAGCCUCUGAGUUUCGAUCGACAUCAUCAGGCACUCCUAAUUCUAGCCCUUCACAGCUGUUGGCCAUUGCAUUAUUGUCAAGCCAGGCAGGAAACAGAGAUUCAAGCAACAGACCUUCCACAUCUCAAGUACUGAAAACAUGGCCAGAAACAUUCCAGGUCCCUUGGGAACAAAUGCCACAAGAAAUACGUUCUGCAAUUCUAAGCGGCAAGAGACCUAAACCAAUGGAGCGACGCCAGAUGGUACGAAUACUCGUAGAUGAAAUGAGGAGGUAUGAGGCUAACCCCACUCGCUCACAGUGUCUCACUGUGAUUCGAAAUAUCAUCAGGCAGUACCCAAAGAGCUUUGCUGAUAUGACCGCAGACUGGUCACUUUUGGGUUGUGGUUAUACAUCACUUCUGAUUCAAGUGAAAAACCGCAUUGAAAAUGUGAACCGUGGCGGAAACUAUGCACACCACCGAGCCUCUAGAUCCAGUUCUACAUACAAGAGGGGGCCAACCGACACUUAUGGAUGUACAAGAUUUCAGCCAGAGCUCCCUCCAGAAGAAACUAAUGAGACUGUGGAGCAGAACCGCCAAAGACUGGUCGAGAUUUACAGGCAGGAGGGGGCAGGUGGAGUUGAAAGAGCAGAGGUCAAAAAUCGAAUGGAGCUCACAUUCUGCCUACAACGUCGUCAUAUAAAUGAACUUCCACCACCUGACGUUGAAAAUAUGAGAAGCAAAUGGCCUUUUCUUUUCACUCAAAAGUGCAUAUAUGCACAUUUUGAGUUACUCACAGACAUCAAUGUGCUUCGUAGCUUGGAACUCAGCAUGGUGGAAUGUGGGAGAGCCAUCACAGAAUACUUCAGGGGAAAACCUACCAACAGAGAUGUCAAGGAUGUCCUCUCUAAUUGUGAAGAUAAUGAGAUGGCACUUUGUGUUGUUCAGCUGCUCAUGGCACACUUUGGAGAGGACCUAACAGGGCUUGUCCUUCUUACAAAU